AUAUCAAUAGUUUGCCAAUAUGCGGUAACCGUUUAGUCUGUAUUCAACAGGGGAUCAAUUAAGAGCAGGCUAAGAUUCAUUAUUCACAGGAAAUAAUGUGAGUGGAAACCAGUGUUGUUUGAAAUAAGGAUUGGUGUUGCUUAAAAGCUACCCACCCACUGUAAAAAUAUACACGAAAAUAACCUGCAGAUUGCUGAUUUCUCUAGAAGGUCACUCUUGUUUUUCGUGUGCACACAACGAAAUCGUCGCUUUAUUUGUAAUUUCGUGCCUAGCUUUUGACCUAAAACACCUUUAAAUAAUGUAUAAUUAUUCUUUUGCUAUCUCGGUUGCGAUCAACAUAUGCAUGGACAACGGGACAAGGCGGGUUUAGGUUAUCGCGCUCUACAAUCACAGCUCCAUUACACAAGUUGCUUUCUCAACAAGACUUUUAGCAUGCACGCAGCUUUCACUAAUUUGACGAGGGGUACUUUCUACAACAUUUGUAUUUUUGUUGCUCAAAUAUUAGUGGUCCACAUCACACUCACCUCGUCAAUCAAACCAACAUUUCAGUAUUACAACUUUUUUUAUACGAGAUUGGCAGUUUUACUCAUUAAAGAGCUGCUGACGCCCGGAGAAAAUAUGUUUAUAUUAUAACCACCCGUUGCGCCCUUAGAGGCUUCAAAACGCUUUUUGUUAAGCGAGGUUUUCCCUGUAUUUGACAUUUCAUGAUUGAUUGACGUGUCUGUAGUGCUUAAAAUGAUUUUCUUUGGUUUUCAAACGACUGCAGAGCGUCGAAAUCUGAAGACCGAUCAAAACAAUUUAUGCCGGAGGAACAAUUAAUAGACCAACAUCUCCUACCAAAGAACAAUAUAUUAUCAUUUUUCGGCUUUCUCUUCCGACAUUUCUUCGGUUGUUUACAUCACAGAACACUUCAGAGACUCAAGUGCUUCGUACGUUCGACCUCAUUUCUUUCACCACCUUUGCUUCUCACUCUGAAGUCAUGGGAAACAACACAGAACUUAAUUUAACCUCAGGAAGCUCAGGCGAAACUGAAGCGACGAUAAGAGCAGUGAAGUUAACAUUGUAUGCUAUAAUAUUCAUCACCGGCAUCGCUGGAAAUAUGUUAGUUUGUCUGGUCGUAUGUCGACAGCAAAAACUGCGCACCUCAACAAACUUUUACAUCAUGAACCUGGCCAUAGCCGACCUCGCUGUAACCAUAGUGUGCAUUCCGUUUGAUGUCGCUGUACAAGAAAACCACUAUGUCUGGCCCUUCGGGAGGUUUCUUUGUCAUUUGAUUUAUCCUAUCAUGACGAUGAGUACUUUUGCGUCUGUGGGGACGCUCACUGCGAUCGCAUAUAACCGAUACAAAGCCAUCUCACGGCCAAUGCGAAUCCAAGCUGGACGAAAGCGUGCGAAGGUAACCAUCGUUUCCAUCUGGGCGCUGUCGUUCGUUUUCGUCCUUCCCUACAUCACAGUUUUACAAAAGCGAAAUUCCCGAUGCGAGGAGACAUGGUCUGAACUUCACAGCCGAGUUUACACCUUAUUUAUAUUUAUUUUUCAGUAUGUGAUUCCACUGUCGAUCAUUUCACUGGUUUAUAUUAAGAUUGCAAUUCAGCUUCGCAGGAAUCGAAAAAAUCUGACACGCGCGCACCGCGUGCAGGAUCGCGAUGUCGCGAAAGUUGUUCGUAUGAUGGUAGUGGUGGUUUUGAUUUUUGCAGUUUGUUUGCUUCCAAAUCAUGUCCUGUGGCUGCUGAGUGACUUCGAACAUUUCCCCGAGGCUGGGAGGAAAGUGUUUGUUUGGGGUGAAAUUCUGAUAUACGCAAAUAGUUGUACGAACCCUAUUGUGUACAGCAUCUGUAUCGAGGAAUUUCGCCUGGCGUUUAAAGCCUACAUCACGAAAUGUUGCCGAGUCACCGACGAAGAUAUCAGGCCUGUCAGAAACGUUUUAGAGAGAAUAUCCGUUAGAGAAAAAAGCGUUUCGCAUGACAGAAUCUUCGCAAGGCAAAUAAGCCGUCGCCUUCUCAACUCCUUUCAACGAAGCCAGUCGUUUGAAAGUCGCUUGAGUCUCCCGAGGAUCUUCCGGACAACAACGACUGCCGAGUCGCCUCUAGUUGGGGAAAAAAUUCUGCUCACUCCGUCGCCAAACUCGGACACAAGACGAAACACUCCAGAAGCUGAGGCUAACGGAAAUGCUUAUGCGAUAACCACGGUUUAAAACGAAAGCAGAAUUUGUAAGACUAAGCACUGAGCAAUACAAAACUUAUUAAACUUCUAGCUCUUUUAUUUAGGAAAACUAGACGUUUACAAAACUAGGUUUUUGCUUUACUGAGGCCUUAAAAGUUGUAAAACUAGCGCUACGAGAGGAAUAACUGAUGAUACAAGCCUAGUGGUGUUUUGUGAUAAUACAGUUUCGGUGUUCAAUAAUUAAACUGAGUUUUAAAAAAUAGCCACGCCAAAAUCUCGUAUAGAAAUGUGUACGAUAAUACUACAGAACCAUUAUAACGCAUUUUAAACUUCAUAAAUGCCUAGUUGGAUAAAAUUAUGUGCAGAUUUCGCAAAUCGCUAUAAUGAGUUGGUGAAUUUUACCGAAAGGUGGGUUCAAUUCCAUCUGGUUCUCAAAUGACGCAGAAUGGUUAUUUAUUUAAAGAGCUCAAGGAAGUGGUUUAUUAAUAAUAUAAACUUUAUAAAUUUUCUACUUGCAAUGCUAAUAAGAAAUUUUAAUUUUCUUUGCAACAUUAACCGAGAUAACAUUUGUAGUUAUUUGAGUUUGAAUCGCGGCAUCGGUGAGAUAUUACUGCAAGAUAUUAAAAGUACAUUUUUCAUUUGAUUAGCAGCCGUUUUGUAAGUUUGAAUAUGUUCAGCAAGACAUUGCAGACCGUUGUCUCUAACUCCAGGGAUUUAAAAAGUGGAACUGAUAUUGUUUUUCAGGAAAGGCUGUUUUUAAUAAUGAAGAGAAUUAAAUAUUAAAUAGUGAAUCGGACUUCGAGCCAAACUUAUUGAAUUGAACUUUUAUUACAAAACGAAGCAGUUUUUACUUGGUUAUAUAGCGCAUGCGUUGGAUUAGACUGAAAUAUAAUCAAUCGAGCGAAAAUACAUUCGAGCACUUUCGGGCUGGAAAUUUAACAAACAGAUUCGGCUACAUCUAAAAGACAUUUUGGAAGAAGAAAUCAAUAAAAAUAAAAGCAAUAAAGAUUAGUUCGCAUAGCAAAAUGACAAAGUCACCCCGUCG